CGCACUCUCAAGUCUCAAAUACAAGUCUUCAAGAUUUCAACCCACCAAACCCUAUGUUCUACCCUGUUCUGUGUUCUCACAUAUAUCGCCAUCAUCGCCACUACGAGAUUUCUGCAGAUUGAGUACUGUAUAUUGACGAUUGAAGCCACAUCUUUCCCCUAUUGCUAGAAGCGUUGAAUUGUUCGAUCUUCGAGACUCAAUCUCGACCCGAAAUGGGCUCCAAAUUGUCAAGGGAUCUGGUGGUUGAUGUCUUAUCGAGAUUACCGACCGCCUUCUGAUGCAUUUGUUCUUAACCAAUUUGGGUUUGGGAUUUCUGACGACAUGACUUGGAAGGUUGUGAUGCUAUUGGAAUUUUGUUCUUUUGAUGAUAGUUUUACUGCUCACCGAAUGACACUGGUUUAUAGCCAAGUUGGCGGUGAUUCUUGGAGUUUGAGACAGAUUAAUUUGUUUACGUCUUGUCGCGAUAUUGAGAGUGAGGAGAAUGAUUUUUAUUUGAAAGGGAGGUACUAUUGGCGGGCUGAUGAACUUUACUAUCAAUACUUGAUUUGGUUUGACAUGAAUGAUGAGGUGUUUGGGACGAUUGGGUUGCCGGAUGGUAUCCGUUCCGUCUCAAUAAUGAAUGAGACUAUUGCUUUACUCAAAUAUUCAAGUUGGGGGGAUUCUAGAUGCUUUCAGAUUUGGUUAAUGAUUGAAAAUGACAACAAUACUUAUUGGCAUAAACAAGCAAGCAUGGAUUGUGUUGAAAACCCAGAUAAUGAAUCUUGGAGACCAAUAGGAAUUUGGAAUGUGGAUGGUGAAUUGCUUGUAUCUCUACACAAGAAAGUUGAGUGGGAUCCACUUAAUCCUGAUCCGGAUCAUGCUGACAGAUGUGUACCAUACUUCAUGUCUUUGGAUUUGGUAACUCGAGGAAGGAAGAUAUUCUCUGUAAGUAAAGAAAAGAAAAGUAUUACUAUUGCUUCAAAUCCAACUGCCGUGGAUUUUCAAGUUUACAAUGUAAGGAAUGUUGAUAUACCGGAAGGAUGGAAAUGCUAUGUUUUAAAACCCGAGGGAAUAUAUGCUCGAGUUUACGAUGAAAGUCUACAUUUUCUAUAAGAAUAAAACAAUUAUACAUUGUUUACUUCAACCUUGUGCAGGGCUAUGUGAUAUUGGAGUUUGAUGUAUUGUAUGAUACUUUUUCUAUGCAUUAUAAAAAUGAUAUUCUUGAGCUAUGAUUUGUAGUUUCA